AUUGCCGAACGUGCCGAACUGCCGAGUGCCGAGAAGUAAAUACUGGCAAAGUUGAAUAGCGGUUAUGUGUGUCCCGCCAUAAGUGAUGGACGAUGAUGGAUUGGUGAUAGCAUCGUGAUGAUUCGUAAUAUUUAUAUCAACGAUAGAUACCUUCAAAAAUCAACACGACAGCCAUGGAGGAGAGCCUCGAGGACAGUUUGCUGGACGAUGGGGAUGGCGUCGGGGAGUUGACGGCGCAGACGGCGCUCCAGGAGAUCGAAAACGCCUGGAUGAACGAGAGAUUCGCUCCGGAGAUCUUGCCGCAUCAGUCUGACCUGGUGGACUGCAUGCUGCAACAGAUCGCGCACAUGGAAAAGAACAUCAAGAGGUUAGACAAGAAGGAUCUGCGAGCGCUAGUCCACCGGAUGGAGCUCGAUCGGAUCAAAUACGUCAUUAGCAGCUAUCUGCGAGCACGUUUGGAGAAGAUCGAACGAUAUACGAUUCAUAUCCUGUCGGAGGAGGCAAAUAGAAGUCCAGAGGAAGCUUAUCUGACGCCAGGAGAGUUGCGCUUCGCUAAGGAAUACCUGGCCAAUCUGGAGACGUUCUUCAAGACGGUGGCUUUACAGCACAUGCCGCCUAACUUUCAGCGAUUUGAGGCAAACAAGUUUAUUAUUAAGCCUAAUUUGCAGGCACAUGUGUUUUUGCGUGCCAAUCAGAGGAUUCCCGGCAUAGUCUUGCCUGGCAUGCUGAAUGAAGAGAUAGACUUUGAGGAAGGUUCACAGCAUAUCAUACAGUAUAGUGCCGUAGCGCACUUGGUUAAAUCCGGUGUAGUGCAGUUGAUUUGAUGUUCUUCUAGAUCAAGGAAACAUAGUUAAGA